AUGUGCCGCUGUCCACAGCGGAGGCUAGGCUCCACCCGCCGCCACACCCGGGCCACGCCCCACAGACUGCAGAGCGUGGCAGACGUCGAGGGCGAGCACUACUGGCGGCGCCUCUGUCCCACGCUACACGUGAACGACGAGCGCUUCGUGAACGAGACCAAGGCCCGGCUCCGUUCGCUGAUGGCGAGGAGGUUGGCCGGCGAGGGCGAGUCGCGUGAGUCGUCAUUGCGCGGGGACAUGCUGGCUGAUGGCUACUUCAAGGUGCGAACCUUCUCCAAAGAGAUCACUCACGCCCGACCGAUCGGCCCACAUACCACCCGACAACUUCAGAUGCCCGGCGUGGAGUGGCCCUUUCGCGUCUCCCUCCUGGCCGAAGCAGUGGCCACUCUCGUGCGGUUCGGGUGGCACCCCGUGUGGGUCAUCAUGUACGACGAGGCGUGGCUGAUGGCGUACGCCGUCCACCUGCUGAUGCGACAAGUGGUCAACUGCGACCUCCAGUUCAACGCCGACUUCUGGGCCUGGUACAUCGACCCCGUGCUGCAGGAGAAGGGGUGGGAGCCACACCGGGAUCGCCAGACGAUGCCGUUCAAUGACCGCGGCGAGCCGGCCUAUGUCACAGCCUGGAUUCCGUUCACUGAUGCCACGCCGGAGAAUGGCUGCAUUUAUGUCGUGCCGGCGUUGUUUGACGAGGACUACGCAAGUGGAAAGGAGUCGACGGACUUCGACGUGCAGAACGUGAGGGCACUCCCUGCCGCGGCUGGCCGUGCGACGGUCCCUCGGAUCGCGCUCUCCAUGGCCUUCAGCACCUCCGACUUCGAGGACCCGUGGCUGCGGCUGGCCGCCCAUGGCGACCACAACGACGACGACGAUGACGAAGCCGAGCCAAUACCCAAUAACAGAGAUAAGAGCGAUGACGAUGCCGACGGUCAGAAGAGGAUGAAGGCCGGGGGACAGGAGACGUGUGACGCGAUUCCGCCGCCGAGCGUGCGGUCCAGGCUGAGCGUGGUGGCCACCCAGCACCACCUGUACGAGGCCCAGGUGGCCAUCCCGCCCCAUAUCGCCCACAUCCUUCACAAUCUCGAAGACCCACCAAGCACCUGA